GCGCUGCCGCCGCAGCCGCCUUCAGGCCCCGCGCCGCCUCCGGAGUCCAUGGCCGGGACGCGCUGGGUGCUCGGGGCGCUGCUCCGUGGUUGCGGCUGCAACUGCAGCAGCUGCCGGCGCACCGGCGCCGCCUGCCUGCCCUUUUACUCGACCGCCGGCUCCUUUCCCUCGGGAGUCUCGGGCCGCCGCCGCCUGCUGCUGCUGCUCGGGGCCGCCGCGGCAGCCGCCUCUCAGACGCGGGGCUUCCAGAGCGGGCCUGUGACCGCCGGGAGGCUGGCGGGCCCCCCCACCGCGGCCGCGUCCGCCGCCGCCUCGUACCCGGCCCUGCGCGCCCCAUUGCUGCCGCAGUCCCUGGCGGCGGCUGCGGCGGGCCCGGCGCGGGGCUACAGCCAGGAAUCCAAAACUACCUACCUGGAGGACCUUCCACCUCUCCCUGAGUAUGAAUUGCCUCCGUCCAAGUUGGGAGAGGAAGUGGAUGAUGUUUAUCUCAUUCGAGCUCAAGGAUUACCAUGGUCCUGCACUGUAGAAGAUGUCCUUAGCUUUUUCUCAGACUGCAGAAUUCGCAACGGUGAGAAUGGAAUUCACUUCCUCUUAAAUAGAGAUGGGAAACGAAGGGGUGAUGCCUUAAUUGAAAUGGAGUCAGAGCAGGAUGUGCAAAAAGCCUUAGAAAAACACCGCAUGUACAUGGGGCAGCGGUAUGUGGAAGUCUAUGAGAUAAACAAUGAAGAUGUGGAUGCCUUAAUGAAGAGCCUGCAUGUCAAAUCUGCACCUGUGGUAAAUGAUGGCGUGGUUCGCUUGAGAGGACUUCCUUAUAGUUGCAAUGAGAAAGACAUCGUAGAUUUCUUUGCAGGACUGAAUAUAGUAGACAUUACUUUUGUCAUGGAUUAUAGAGGGAGAAGAAAAACAGGAGAAGCCUAUGUGCAGUUUGAAGAACCAGAAAUGGCCAGCCAAGCCCUUUUGAAACACAGGGAAGAAAUUGGCAACCGAUAUAUAGAGAUAUUUCCAAGCAGAAGGAAUGAAGUUCGAACACACGUUGGUUCUCAUAAGGGAAAGAAAAUAGCAUCUUCUCCCACUGCUAAAUAUAUAACUGAGCCAGAAAUGGUCUUUGAAGAGCAUGAAGUAAAUGAGGAUGUCCGACCCAUGACAGCUUUUGAAAGUGAGAAGGAAAUAGAAUUGCCUAAGGAGAUGUCAGAAAAGCUUCCAGAGGCUGUUGAUUUUGGAACUACGUCUUCACUACAUUUUGUACACAUGAGAGGAUUGCCUUUCCAAGCCAAUGCCCAAGACAUUAUAAAUUUUUUUGCUCCAUUGAAGCCUGUUAGAAUCACCAUGGAAUACAGUUCCAGUGGGAAGGCCACUGGAGAAGCUGAUGUGCACUUCGAUACCCAUGAGGAUGCUGUUGCAGCUAUGCUCAAGGAUCGGUCCCAUGUUCACCAUAGGUAUAUUGAAUUGUUCCUGAAUUCAUGUCCGAAAGGAAAAUAAGCUUCAAAGGAUUCCAGUUAUAAUAAGGAUGAAGCAAGAAGCAUUUCAUUUGCACGUCUUUCUCGGACUUGGGAUCUAAAGUUCCAGUUUUUUAGCAGCAACUGCUAGAGAAGUGGUUUCAAGAUUUUGGGUUAAUUGCUUAUAAGGAAAAUUCCAUAGUGGACUGUUCAGAGAAAAAGAUUCAGUUUAGGAUUAUGAUACAAACCUCAAAUUUAGUUUUUUUGCUUAAAUUGUCCAGGAUCUGGUUUAAAAAUCUGCUCUUUUUUAUAUAAUUAAACAGUUUGUUUUCAUAGAUGAAUUAUGACCCAGAAGGCUACAUAUUUUUAUUCAGCACUGUCCUUUAAAAUCUUUGUCCCAUUUUAAAAAUUAUCCGUUUGAGGUUUUGGGUUUUGCCAAUGAAUUAAGAGAUACAAUGUAAAACUUUUCAUGGAAUAAAAUACUGAUUUAUUUUAGCCAAAUAGUCACCAAAGCAAGGAAAGUUUUCAGGCCCUUGAACCAUUAUAGUUCCACAGAGUUAUUUUAAUUUUAGAUGUAUUUGAUUACUUAGAUAGGGGUAAGGAUUUAAAAAAAAAAAUCAAAACAGAAAAUAAAUACCACAUGUGAGUGAGUGUAAAUGACAAUAAUUUGGCAGUUUUAUGUCUUUAGAAAUGUUUUGCCUUUUUCAGCCUUGUGCUAAAGGCAUUUAAUAUUGGUGCCUGUAUAAUUAAGGAGGGAAUUAUAGUCUCAACUUAAAAGUUGUCUGACCCACCCCCUCCUCAUCCCCGUGCCCCACCCCCCCAUCACCUUGUUUUGAUUUUUGGGUAAAUCUUAAGGUGUGUGUUAGUCUAAGAACUGUGAAGUGACAUGUCAUAACAGUCCUGACUUGGAAGGACAUUAAUGGCUUCACUUGAAUUUAAACCAGCUCUAGGUAGGAAAAAAAUCGUGUCUCCUCAUUUGCUUUUUCAGUGGGGUAGCACAUCCCAUAUUUUAGAACAAGUAGGGGUGCCUUGCUUAAAUAAAAAUAGUAUUUAAUGUAUAAUUGUGUGAAAGGGUUAUGGGUAAAGCUGUAUUUCUGUCACAUUGUGGCAGUACCUUCUGCUUUAAUAUUAAACAGCUUGUUAUUUAAAUACUGGAUCAAAAUGGCUGGCUUCAAACUGUAGUCAUUAAUAAACUAACUUUAUGUGUACCUGUGUAGGAGAAUCAAAGUUCUGUAUAGUUUCUUUGCCUUGUUCCUGUUCUCAGGGUGACAACUGUCACGUGGUUACCAGGAGAUGAAAUUCUAAUUCUUAAAGUUGAAUUAGCCCAGAUUUCUGAGAGGUGUUAUCUGAAAGAUUAUGCCUUCUCUCACUUAAAACAUAACCAUCUUCGAAUACCAGCUAAGAUGAAAUCGCUGUACUGUAAGUAGUCAAUAAAUGAAGACUUGUUUCAGGCUGAAGAUUACCUAAGAGUAUUUAUUUUGGAGUGUGUGAAUCAACCUAAUAUAUUUUUGUUACAUCAAGUCCUGGUAUAUUAAUAUAAGAAGAAAUGGUUUAUUUUUAGUUGUGUUUGUUUUUAUCAUCCUAUAAGAAUGUGAGUCAAUCAACCAGCCUAACAUCUUCCAUGUUACUACCUAGAUAGAAAUGUAUUUUCAUACGUGGUUGAGUGUACUGAGCUAUGUGAACGGGUGUCGGUAGCUGUAUGAGCUAUUAGAAUAUGAUCUUUUCUCUCUCUCUCUGUACAACUCUUAGAAAAGAAUGAGAGCAAAGGCAUUAAGAUGUUCUGCGGUGGGUAAGCUUGAAGAGGUAUAUCUUCUUACUGUACUAGUGGCCGAGUUCUCAAAAAAAAAAAAAACCGGUGUGCUUUCUUGGGAAGUCAUAUCGUGAAUUCAUGUAAUACUUUCCAAUACUCCCUUUAAUAGGUUAUUGUUCAUAUUUAUGUUAGUAAGUGAGUAAUAGCUGACAAGGCAAAUGUAUUUCAGGAAAGAGAAGAAAAGCACAUAAUAGAAUAAAAGUAAUUUUUAUUUUUAUCCCAUCUAAAGACAUACUCCCCGCCCCCCCCCCCCCCAAAGUGUGACACAACUGGUUUGUGCAUCAUCAUUUUCUAUUGAAAGAAAUAGUGGCAGUGAAUUCGCUCUUGUCUUUGGGAACUUUGUGUCUUUAUAAUCUCCUGGUAAAGCUGUCAGAAAUAGUGGGAUUGCAUGUGUCGAGGUUCACCUGUAUGCUCCUUCAGCCCGCUCAGAAGAAUAAGGGGGGAUGCUGAUAAGGAGCAUGUAGAUGCCAAGGGGAAGAUUGCUGAAGACUGUGUUCUGAUCUAAUGUGCUCGCUGUCAGCAGAGAGUGAAGCAGAGCCGUUUGGUUUGUCCGUCUGUGUCUGGGUGAGAGGCUUCUGCUCUGCUGCAGAGGGAGACCGAGCCCACUGUGGAGCAAAAGGCUCCGGAUCCUCCUCGGUACUUCUGCAGUGUGGCCGGGAAGAGCCAGGAGAAAGCCACUGCCAUCUAUGUGACAUUUUGAGGAGGUGACCCUGCUAAUUUUUAACAUGCUCUAUUGGCAUCCUCUGCCCGACAGUCCCCUAGCACAGUGGUCCGCAACCUUUUUGGCACCAGGGACCGGUUUUGUGGAACAAUUUUUCCGCAGAUGGUUUCAGAAUGAUUCAAGGGCAUUAUAUUUAUAUGCUGCAGCGGAUCUGAUAGGAGGCGGAGCUCAGGUGGUUCUGUGAGCAAUGGGGAAUGGCUGUAAGUGCAGAUGAAGCUUUUCUUGUUUGCUUGCCCGCCUUCUGCUCACCUGCUCUGUGGCUCACUUCCUAACCGAGUGCUCCGUGGCCCAGGGUUUGGAGACCCCCUGCCUCAGCAUAUUCUCAUUUGGAGAUUUUUCUCUGGGUUAAAAAACAUCCUGUUACUUUAAGAGUUUUCCCUAAAUUAAGUGAAAGGGUUGACAUUCAGAUGAUAAUAGGACCUGAAUUAGUAGAAUGGUAUAUCUCAGCAGUAAAGUGCCUAAGUUUCAGCAGUUUAGGAAAAAAAAAAUUGCUCUAAUGUAGUAGGAAUACAUUUUCCUUGCCUGAAUUCAGCAGAUUAAAAAAUAAAUCUCUGAAGUUUGUACUAAGGGAAUAAAGCUGCUAUAAACAUUUGUGUGUAGGUUUUUUGUGUAUACAUAAGAUUUCAGCUCAUUUGGGUAAAUACCAAGGAGUGUGAUUGCAGGAUCAUAUGGUAACACUAUGUUUAGUUUUGUGAAAACCUGCCAAAAUGUCUUCCAAGAUGGUUGUACCAUUUUGCAUUUCCACCAGGAAUGAAUAAGAAUUCCUGUAGCAGCUCAUCCUUGCCAGCAUUUGGUGUUGUCAGUGUUUUGAAUUUUAGCUACUCUCAUAGGUGUCAAGUGAUAUUUAGUUUUAAUUUGAAGGUCCAUAAAUUGCAUAAGAUAUUGACAUCUUUGUAUACAUUUGCAUGGGCAUGUUGUCUUUGGUGAAUUGUCUGUCCAGAUCUUUUGCCCAGUUUUUUAGUUGAGUAGUUUCCUUACUGAAUUUUAGGAAGAGGACUAUAGGAAGAUUUAAUUUGGUUCUUAAGCCUUGAUAAUACAAGAAUAAAUAGGAUAAUUUAAAAAUUUUGUGUUUCUACUUUUUGAAGGAAAUAAAAUGCAAGAGAGAUGAAGGGGUAUACAGUGAACAGUCUCCUUCCAUCCUAUACUUCAGCCACCUAGUUCCUGUUCUCAGGCAACCAUGUCAUCAUGGGUAUAUUUUCUAAUGUAAACUUCAGUGAUUUUACUGUAUAAUAGGUGAAUACUGGCAUUUUCAUUUAUUUUAAAAAUAUAGUAUACUAUUCUUUACCUUUUCUCCCCAUUUAGUACAUCCUAAAUAUUUUAUAUUGGUACAUAAAAUGCUUUCUCAUUUUUUAAAAUGGUUAUACAGUGUGGAUGUAAUUUAAUAGUUUAACCUGUCAUUACUGAUGAACAUAUAAACUGUUUAUAGUCAUUUGCUAUUUUAAUGCUGGGAUGAAUUACCUUGUAUAAAUUUAGAUCAUUUUGUACAUGCAUAAAUUUCUCUAUAGGAUAAAUAGUCAGAGCAUGUGCACUGGUAAACUUAUAUCUAAAAUUCAGUUUCUGUCUAUAGCUUGUUUUUCCUUUGUUUGCACCAGCAAUGCAAGUCCCCAUUUCUCCACAGCCCCCGAACACAGUGUAUUAGCAGUCUACUCUUUGCCCAUCUUCCAAGGUUAAAAAUACAAAAUGGUAUUAUUCUCUUACGAUGUAGAAUUUCUUCAUGUUUGAGGGCUUUUGGAUUUUUUUUUUUUUUUUGUAUGAACUUGUCUUCAUAUCCUCUACCCAUAUUUCUUUUUCUCUUAUAAUCCCCAUCUACUUAUCCUCAUUAAUUUUAAAACAGAUUCAAGAUACCAUCAUUUUUUCUGGAUACAUGUAUAGCCUAUAUUUCUUUUUAAAAAGAGGACUUUAGGGACUUUCUUGGCUUAAGACUUCUGCUUCUAAUUCAGAGGGGGUGGGUUCAAAUUCUGGUCAGGAAAAUAAGAUCCCACAUGCUGCUCAACCAGAAAAAAAUUUAAAAAAUAACCAUUACUCCUAAAAAUACUAAUUUCUUAUCAAAUAACUUCUUAAAAAGUAUAUUUGAAUCAGGAUCUAAGCAACAGUCCAUAACCUGCAAUGGUUUUUAUGUCUUUCCUCUGCAACAUGUUUUAAUAAUAAAUUGUAAUAAAAACUUCAAAUAUUUGGAAAAAUUUAAUGCCUAUACAUACUACCACCUAGAUUUUACAAGUAACAUUUUACCAUAUUUUUUUCUUCAUGUAUCUGUGCAUCCAUCAAUGCAUUUUGUUUAUGUGUGUCCAAGUUGUAGACAUCCAUACUUGAAUCUUAAGCUUUGUAGCAUCCAUAUUAUUAAGUAGACUUCUUAUUCUUGGGGUAAAAUGUACAGUGAAGUGAACAAAUGUUACUUUGAUGAGUGCUGAUAUGUAACCCAAACCCCUUACAAACUAUGGAGCAUUUCCAUCACAUCAGAACAUUUCUGCAGUCAGUUCUUGUUCCUCCUGCAUCCUUUCUGGUUAGGAUUUUGUUUCACCAUAGUUUCGCCUGUAAAUGGAAUCAUUAUGUAUUAAUGUAAAUUUCUCCUACUCCGCAUUUGUUGAGAUUCAUCUUUGUGUGUCAGCUUUUUUCCCUUUUCAUUGCUGAGUAGUAUUCCACUGUAUGAAUAUGCUACAGUUUAAAUUUUCACUGGUCUGGUGAAGGGCUGUUUAUUUUUUGGCUAUCAUGAAUAAAGUUGCUAUGAAUAUCUUG